GUUUGAAUUUGGACACCCCCUAAAAUCGUCCUAAAAACUGCUUUCUCUUCAGCAUCAAUGUUUUGUCAAGAGUUUUUGAUUUUCGCAGCAUUUCAAGCAUUUAGAACUGACAACAGAACAUCAUAGAACAUUAUCAUAGAACAGUUGGCCAGACCAGAGGAUAAAAGCCACUCAGGAUUCAGGAAUGCACAAGAGGCGCCACGCAGACCAUUGUGCCUAAAGCAGAGUUGGAUCAAUGGCGGAGCAGGGUGUAAAAGCUGGGGCGGAGGCUGCUGAAGCUACGCCUGUGACACAUGAGCAACAGCUGGGCAUUGUGCAGAGGUGCUUUAGCGAGGAAGCUUCAGAUGUGGUGGUGCACUUUCAGAUUAUCAAAUUUGAACAGCAGUACUACGUUUGGGUUGGGUGCAACUCUGCGGCCUUCGGAAGUCUCUACGCAGCCGUACCAACCAAAUUCGACCCGCAGCCAAGCGUUGCGCAGCUGAUAACCAAAGGAGGGGAUGCGGGGGCUCUGAUGGCACAGAGGCUUUCCAAACGGACGGGAUGUCAAAUAUUCCUGGCGUGCAGCCUGCCGUCCAACUCUUCUUCGAUAGAGGCUUUCGCAGAACGGCGAAUCCUCCAAGAAAUUCGAGAGUUCGAUUGCCUUCCGUCAAGUAGUGGACCCCCUGUAAGUGAGGAUGACAGUAAACACUAUGCAUAAUUUCAUUUUGAAGUUUGUUUUGGUUCUGUACACGCCCGCUAUUGUGCGAGGUGCUAAAACGUACUCGCCCUUGUCUAUGCUGCUUCAACUUGAAAUACUGAUGCAGAUGAUGGUGUGGUAGCAUGUGCGGGUUCCUGUUCGACAGUUGGCAAGGCCUGUAAGCUUAUCUCGAUA